GUCUGUCUGUCUGUCUGUCUGUCUGUCUGUCUGUCUGUCUGUCUGUCUAUCUAUCUAUCUAUCUAUCUAUCUAUCUAUCUAUCUAUCUAUCUAUCUAUCUAUCUAUCUAUCUAUCUAUCUAUCUAUCUAUCUAUCUAUCUAUCUAUCUAUCUAUCUAUCUAUCUAUCUAUCUGUCUGUCUGUCUGUCUGUCUGUCUGUCUAUCUAUCUAUCUAUCUAUCUAUCUAUCUAUCUAUCUAUCUAUCUAUCUAUCUAUCUAUCUAUCUAUCUAUCUAUCUAUCUAUCUAUCUAUCUAUCUCAAAACUGAAAUCAUUUCGUCUUACACUCAGAACACCCUGGGCCACAUUUCUCCGGGCAUUUCGGGCUACCUGCGCCUGCGCACUCCGUCGCCGAGCUGCCCAGGCACCCCUCCCACGGGGGGCGGAGUGAAGGGCGACCUGCGCCGUCUGAUGGGCAGCCUGGACCUGACAUCUCCCGAGCGGCCGCCAGUGUCGACGCCCAACUGGCACGAUCAUGUGUCGCCCGCGCCGUUGACGAGCUCGCCGGAGAUGACCGAGUGCCCGUUCGCGCUGCCGCCCGACGUCGGCAGCGGAUUUGUCUUGGAGCCCCCCGUGGCAGCUUCGUCAAGUCACACGCCGGCGCAGCGCAAGUUCCGGCUGACCCGCACGCGUUCACUGCCCGACCUGCGACAGGAGGCCGCGGCGCCGGAGUUCCUGCGAAACCGGCUGAUUCUGCAGACCGACGACACGGUUUACCUGCCGUUCAUCCUUCGCAAGGAGUACGUGAUACGCACCAAGCUGCGCGUCUCCUUCAGCCUGCUCAAGCCCCCCGUGGUCAAGCGGUCGCACAGCGAGGGUCACGUCACAGAGGUCACCUUCCUGCAGCAGUCCUACUGCGGCUACUGGGACGAGACCGACACCGAGAUGGAGGCGUCCGACUGGCGCGUGGACGAAGGGUGCAACUUCUUCGACCUGUGCUACUUCCGCUGCAAGUGCUGCAAGAAGCACGCCGGUCCAAUGGCCGCUGCGCGAUGACCGCAGACGACACUGUUCGGGUCGACACGUGACCACGCA